AGGAGCCUUGGAAGAAGAGAUUGCUUUUUCUCCUCCUCUCUGGAUAUAAUGGCCAUUGCAAGGCAAAGCAUCUUGAGAUUUGGCUUCAAAUGUCUCUUCCUAGCAAUUUUUAUGCUAGCCUGUGAUGGACAAGGUGGAAAGAGAGAGAAUGGUGGUCCAGCCUGUUACGGAGGAUUUGAUUUGUAUUUCAUUCUAGACAAAUCAGGAAGUGUACUGCACCAUUGGAAUGAAAUUUAUCAUUUCGUGGAACAUUUGGCCCGUAAGUUCAUAAGCCCUCAGCUGAGGAUGUCUUUCAUCGUUUUUUCAACUAGAGGAACAAUUCUAAUGAGGUUAACAGAAGACAGGGAACAGAUCCGCCAGGGCCUAGAGGAGCUGCAGAAAGUCCUUCCAGGAGGGGACACAUAUAUGCACGAAGGCUUUGAAAGGGCAAGUGAACAGAUUUACUAUGAAAAUGUUCAUGGUUACAGAACUGCAAGUGUCAUCAUUGCACUGACAGAUGGAGAGCUUCAUGAAGACCUGUUUUUCUACUCUGAGAGGGAGGCUAAUCGGUCGCGUGACCUGGGAGCAACAGUUUAUUGUGUGGGUGUGAAAGACUUCAAUGAAACCCAGCUGGCUAGAAUUGCUGACAGCAAGGAUCAUGUCUUCCCAGUGAAUGAUGGGUUUGAAGCCCUUCAGGGGAUCAUAGACUCUAUUUUAAAGAAAUCCUGUAUAGAGAUUCUGGCAGCAGAGCCCUCCAGUAUAUGUGCUGGGGAGUCAUUCCAGGUUGUUGUGAGAGGAAAUGGCUUUCGGCACGCCCGCAACGUGGACAGAGUCCUCUGCAGCUUCAGGAUCAAUGACACUGUCACUCUCAAUGAGAAGCCUUUUGUAGUGGAAGAUACCUACUUACUCUGCCCAGCCCCUGUGCUACAAGAAGUUGGCAUGGAAGCAGCUCUUCAAGUCAGUAUGAACGAUGGUCUCAGCUUCAUCUCCAGCUCUGUCAUCAUCUCCAGCACACACUGUUCAGAUGGAACCAUCCUGGCUAUUGCUUUGUUGAUUCUUUUCCUCCUCCUGGCACUGGCUCUUCUCUGGUGGUUCUGGCCUCUUUGCUGCACAGUGAUCAUCAAAGAACCCCCCCCACCUCCUGCAGAAGACAGCGAGGAGGAAGAUGAUGAUGGCCUUCCAAAGAAGAAAUGGCCAACAGUAGAUGCCUCUUAUUAUGGUGGACGAGGAGUUGGUGGCAUCAAACGAAUGGAGGUGCGCUGGGGAGAAAAGGGCUCCACAGAAGAAGGUGCAAAGUUAGAGAAAGCCAAGAAUGCCAGAGUCAAGAUGCCAGAACAGGAAUAUGAGUUCCCUGAGCCCAGGAACCUUGUGAACAACAUGCGCAGACCUUCUUCUCCUCGGAAGUGGUACUCUCCAAUCAAGGGGAAGCUGGAUGCUCUCUGGGUCUUACUGCGGAAAGGUUACGACCGCGUGUCCGUAAUGCGCCCACAGCCAGGAGACAAGGGCCGUUGCAUCAACUUCACCAGAGUGAAGAACACGGAGGCCCCACCCAAAUACCCGCUCAACAACUCGUACCCUCCCUCAUCUCCACCUCCAGCACCCAUCUACAACCCCCCGCCCCCGGCUCCGAUCUACACCCCCCCUCCACCCAGCUCACCCACACCCCACACCCCAUCCCCAUCCUCCACGCUCCCGCCUCUCCCCCCACCACCCCAAGCCCCCCCCCCCAACAGGGCCCCCCCUCCAUCUCGGCCCCCCCCCCGCCCAGCAGUCUAGGGGGGGGGUCAGCCUUGCUCCUGUCUCCUGCAGAAGUGUUGGAGAGGCUUUUUCAGCAGUACUGUAUCACAUCCAUCUGCCUGGGGGGGGUGGUGGUGGGGGGGCUAGAGGAAACCAGACUGUUUGUGAAAUGGGUGACAACAGAACGAACGACUUUGUAGUCAUCUUUCUCCUUUAGUUUUCUUAUAUUUUUUAAAAUCCUUUGUGCAUCAGUUCCACCAAACUAUCGAAGCAAGAAAAGCCAAGAGACUGCAGGAACAAGGCAGAUGACUUCAGUUCCAUUUCAGCAAGGCUCUUCCCCUCUUUGUUCCCAGCAACUCUCUGUACCUUACCAUGGUCAUUCCAGGAGGAAAAAAAUGUGUUGUUUUUUUUUUUUUUAAAAAAAAAGGAAUGAAUAACUAGAGUCAGCUCUCCAGAAAGGCAAUUUUCCCCAGGGAAGGACUGCAAAAGACUCUUCCAAGUGCAGACAUCCCAGCUAGCUACCUGGAGACUACUGCACAAACUUCAUGGUAUAAGACUCAAGGUUUGACAGAAAGCUCAUCACGUCUAACUCACAUGCCAGCUGCCAAGGAAAUAAUGACAACAGCAGGUCUGCAAGUACAGAAACCCCUGCAAAUAUGAAAACAGAGCAGGUGACAGGCAGCUGUUCCCAUCGACCAUGAACUGGAGGAGGGAAGGCAAUGCCUUCUUGGAGGGUCCAGAAAGGAGAAGGGGUAGAUCUCUAGUGUCUGGAUUCAUGUAUGUUUGUAUGUGGAAGUGCAGGUGAAUGAAAAUGGAGCACCAGUAGGAAAACAAAUUACAUGGAAAAAUAAAUCAGUCGGAAUGCCACAAGGCUUUGACCCCAUCAAGGAAUAAUUGACAACAGAUCAGCCUUCCAGUGCUCCCAGUGGGACAGAGGAGUUCAUAAAAAUCGAGCAAAGAAAUCUGGGUAAGGUAUGGUUGAGAGAAGAGUCUUUGCAUUCACUUACACUAUGUCCAUCCAGUUAAUGGCAGUGAAUUAAGUGCUGGUUUCUAAUUUAAAGGGAAAGUUUCUGGAUAUAAAUAAGAGGUUAGGUGUAUUGAUUUUUCUAAAUCCAGUCUGCUUGGUCUCCUUGUUGUUGUCAGUUUGAAAUGGUUACCACUGAUGCAUUUCUGUUUUUUCUGUAAAUUGCAUUCUUUUGCCCUAGAAAUGUUUCCACAUGGAUUUUUAUUUCUUGUUUUCCUUUCCUGAAUAAGUAGCAGAUGCCUUCCAAACUCAUAGUGAAGAAGAGCCAGUGUGCUUACUCACUCUUGUCAACUCUCAACAACAUCACUUCUGUUAGCAGUUGUUGACUAAGACAAAAAAAUGAACACACCCGACGUGCAAGAUGGGAAUCAGUCUUCCAAGAAGUGCACUGGCUGCAUUUCUCCAAGCUUUCUCCUCACCUUCCUGGGACCCCCACCAUACCCAACAAUAUUGCAUACGCACGACUUUUAUCCUAUAGCAAACCUGAGCACCUGCCUUGCCACACAGUGCUAGAAGUAGGGGAGAUCACUCAGCACUUCAGUCAAACCUCUGGCUCUCUCAUGUACUGUCAGGAUCAGUUCUCAUGAAAUCACUCUCUCUCUGGAAAUUGCGAAGUCAUAAGAAGCAAACCAUCUUUGUAGCUGCAGUUCUAUGAAUAUCUAAGGUUCUCGUAAUCGUGUAAUUUUUUACCAGAUAAAGAAAUGCUUUGCCAAGUACUUCCUUUAGUGCUGUUGGAAACACUAAUUAUAGCUUUUCUAGCAAAAACAAGAAAAAAAGAAAAAGAAAAAAAAAUUGCUCAAGGAGGAAAGGGAACAGAUGAAAAAAACUCAGUGGAGACUUGACCUGGGAGCCUUUUGGAACUCAGAGUCAGUCCAGCUGUCAUUCAGCAGCCUUACCCACCUCUAGGUCAGUGUUUCAUCUCCUGGAGGAGACAAACACACCACUCACAAGGGAGCUGAAGACUCAAUCUACAGCCAAGGCUGCCUGUUCUGCAAAAAGGCUGAAUAAUUCACCUACAACACUGUUCUGUCUGCAGGCAGCACAGAGCAGUUCCCAAUCAGGAGCAAACCCAAUAGUUUUGCUACUUGCUGUAUCAGAUGGCAUCAGCUACAGGCCAUGGUUAGUUCCACAAGACUUUGUGAUUGGCAGGUGGGAGUGGAAAGCUUCUAACACCCUGACCCAAGUUUGGUUGGACUCCCUCUUGUCAUGGAUGGGAUCUAGUUAAUAGCUGUAUGAUUUGGUUUAGUGAUGAAAGGUGUAAAACCCAGAAAUAAUGUAAUUCUCCUACCAGAUUCUCAGUAUUUUCAAAAAG